AUGCUUGCUGCGCGAGCAUUCAUCAGACGACUGCCCAUCGCAGUCGCCCAGCGCGAGAAAUGUGAGCCAAGUUUCUUGAAUGGAACAUGGACUGCGAAUAAACCCAUCACCACCACCACCACCACCACCACGCGAUUCGCGUCCUCCYCCUCUUCGACGMGGUGGAAGACCCGCCAGACGAACGAUUCCUACGCCCGCGAAGCAAAGGUCUCCGGUCUGAAAUCUCGCGCAGCGUUCAAAUUGCUAGAAAUCAACGACAAGCAUCGCAUUUUCCGCCGUGGAGACACGGUCGUGGAUUUGGGCUUUGCGCCAGGAAGCUGGAGUCAAGUCGCUGUCAGUAAAGUCAGUCCUGGAGGCCGCGUGGUGGGGAUCGAUGUAAUUCCUGCACAACCCCCUCGAGGCGCGAAUGCAUUACAGGGUAAUUUUUUGAGCGCGGAGAUCCGGGAGGAGGUGAGGAAGUUUGUGUGUGAUCCUCAGCAGGGGAGGGUGCGACAGAGGGGGAUCACGGAUGGUGGAGUUACCGAGGAAGAGUUGGCGAGAUCUGGAGCGGGAAUUCUGCAGCUUGAGAGGCAGAGUGCGUUGGAGGAGAGCCGGGAGAAGAGUCGUGGAGAGGGCGUUUUGAAGGAGGGCUUGACGAUCAAGGAGCUGGAUGCUUUGGAAGGGAGAGUGGUGGAUGUGGUGCUGAGUGAUAUGAUGCAAAAUACCAGCGGUAUGCCGUUUAGAGAUCACGCAGGAUCGAUGGACCUCUGCAUGGCAGGUUUGACCUUUUGCUACGAUACACUCGCAACGGGUGGUCACUAUCUCUGCAAAUUCUUUGCUGGAGCCGAAGAUCACGCUUUGGAGAUGAGACUCAAGAAGCUAUUUGACAAAGUCCAUCGCAUCAAACCGGACUCUUCGCGGAAGGAGAGUAAGGAGGCCUACUUCAUUGCUCUGAAGCGGAAAGCAGGUGUAAAGCGCGAGGAUGUGCUGGAUGAGCGUUGA